AAAAAUGAAGAAAGAUGCAUUCUCAGUCACUCACUCGCGCGCACACAUUCAUUUUACAGCAGUUCCCAUUAAGCUUUUGCCAAAUCAAUUGAAUGAUUGUCCUCUCUAACUGACACCUUUCCCAUCUACUCCCCACCUCUUUGCUUUGCUUCUACUCACUCUCUCAUCUCUCACACCAUUUUUUGUAGUAAAGUUUCCUUUUAUGUUUUAGCUUUGUUCUACUGUAAAGAAAGAAUUGGGCUUUAAUUCUUUGUUGUUAGUUUUCCUGGAAAGCUGGUACCCGUUUGAGCAAAAGCUCCAAUGGAAACUGGGUCGAGCUCAAAACCUCUAGGCAAGGCCGAGAGAGUGAAGGGUGGUGGAGACGCCACGAGACAUGGAUCUGUGCCUCCGAAGAUCGAGCCGUUCGUGCCGAGAUUCGACCACAACCCGAGAGAGCUAAAAUCCUGGGCCAAGAAGACCGGGUUUGUGUCUGAUUACUCUUGGGGGACUGAGACUAGUGCCAGCGAGAAGAACGACAGCUCUGGGUUCGAUUUGGAGAAGGGUAAUGAUCUGAGAAACGGCGGGUCGUCGCCGAAAAUCGAGAUUGACCCAGUUCUGGGCCGGACCAAGCCAAACCGUGGGAUUGAAAUCGAACCGGUGGUGAGGCAUGAGAGGGAUGGGACGGUGAGGGGUGAGAACCAGAGGAGGAGGACUCGGGAUGAGCCUAACGACGAUGAGCGCAGAGUUCGUUUGAAUGGAAAUGGGAGUGGGAAUGGGAAUGGGAAUUUGAAUGUGAAUGUGAAUGGAAUUGUGAAUAGGAAUGCGAAUGGAAAUGAAGUCCCAGCAGUAGCCCCAGCGGCUGAGCCAAAGAAAGAGGACGGUGGUGUUGCUGAAAGAGAUGCGAAAAUCGAUGUGUAUCCUAAUGAAGAAGAGCCUGCUCAUGGAGGGUGGAGCCGGCCUUCUGGAAUGAAAUGUGGGCUCAGAGACAAUCCUGGUUUUGUACCGUUAAUAUAUUAUGGCCUGCAGCACUACCUAUCUUUGGCUGGUUCACUAGUAUUCAUCCCCUUGAUUAUUGUACCAGCCAUGGGGGGAACAGAUAAAGAUACUGCUACUGUAAUUUCAACAAUGCUGCUGGUUUCUGGUAUUACGACAAUCUUGCACUCCCACUUUGGCACGCGACUUCCUUUAGUUCAAGGGAGCUCAUUUGUAUAUCUGGCACCAGCAUUGGUAAUCAUGAAUGCCCGCGAGUAUCGAAAUCUUACAGAGCAUAAAUUCAGACACAUAAUGAGAGAACUGCAAGGGGCAAUAAUUGUUGGUUCAAUAUUUCAGAGCUUUUUGGGAUUCAGUGGUUUGAUGUCAGUUUUUUUAAGGUUGAUUAACCCUGUUGUGGUUGCUCCAACUGUUGCGGCAGUAGGCUUAGCAUUUUUUAGCUAUGGAUUUCCACAAGCUGGUAGUUGUGUGGAAAUCAGCAUUCCACAGAUAUUCUUGCUUCUUGUAUUUGCCCUGUACCUUCGUGGAGUAUCCAUCUUUGGGCAUCGUGUAUUUCGAAUUUAUGCGGUUCCACUGAGCAUCAUGAUUAUAUGGACAUAUGCAUUCUUUUUGACAGCUGGGGGAGCUUACAAUUAUAAAGGCUGCAGCCCUGACAUACCUAGUUCGAACAUGUUAAUUGAUGCAUGUAGAAAGCAUGCAUACACGAUGAAGCAUUGCAGAACGGAUGUUUCAAAUGCAUUGAAAACUGCUGCAUGGGUCAGAAUUCCCUACCCUUUCCAGUGGGGUAUCCCCAUCUUCCAUUUAAGGACUUCCAUGAUCAUGAUCGUAGUUUCACUGGUUGCAUCUGUGGAUUCGGUUGGAACAUAUCAUUCUACAUCUUUGCGGGUUAAUUCAAAGCCUCCAACUCCAGGGAUUGUCAGCCGAGGAAUUGCAUUGGAGGGCUUCUGCAGUAUAUUGGCUGGAGUUUGGGGUUCAGGAACUGGGUCAACCACCUUGACAGAAAAUGUGCAUACCAUUGACAUAACAAAGGUGGCAAGUCGAAGGGCAGUAGAAGUUGGAGCACUUUUCUUGAUCUUCUUUUCCUUUUUAGGAAAAGUUGGUGCAAUUCUUGCCUCUAUACCGCAGGCAUUGGCUGCUUCCUUACUGUGCUUCAUGUGGGCCCUUAUUGUGGCAUUGGGUCUAUCAACUUUGCAGUACAGUCAAACAGCAAGUUUUAGAAACAUCACAAUAGUUGGUGUUUCAUUGUUUCUUGGGUUAUCUAUUCCUGCCUAUUUCCAACAGUAUCAAUCUGAAUCCAGCUUGAUACUGCCAAGUUACUUUGUUCCUUAUGCAGCAGCGUCGAAUGGACCAGUCCGCACCGGCAGUACACAACUUGAUUUUGCGAUUAAUGCACUUAUGUCUUUGAACAUGGUGGUGACGCUUUUGGUGGCAUUUGUACUAGACAACACUGUCCCAGGCAGCCGGCAAGAAAGAGGGGUGUAUAUAUGGUCACGUGCUGAAGAGGUUGCAACUGACCCAUCUUUCCUCUCAGACUAUGCCCUUCCAAGAAAAGUUGCGAAGUGUUGUUGUUGGGCAAAAUGUUUGGGGGUGUGAUUGAUUAGAACACAAUAGCAUUAGCAGUCAAAUAUUAGGAAAUCCCUCUGCUUCAAGACCACUUCCUGGAAUUUUCUUUGGGGUAGGGAAGCAGUGGAGAUUGGAGAUAGUAUAGCUGAAACCAAGAAAUAGGAUAGUUCAACAUACAUAUAUCAAUAACUCUGUACACGAAAACUGUAAUUUCUCAUGUUACCAAAUUAGUGAAAUUGUCGGUUGUAGUUGACAUAAACAGGGUUGAUUCCAAAUCAUAUCAAUAUUCAAAACAUUCUUUCAAAGACCC